AUUUUUAACAUCUUGAUGGGAGAGGCAAUUUAGUGCCAUAACUACUUCCUCCUUUCUUCAUUGAACCAUUUUCGUCGGCAGCAGACGGGUGCCACGUUCAGCAGUAAACUAAAGUCGUUAUUAUUCAGUCAGGUUUAUAUGCCCAUACCCAUUCCGGUGUCCUGUUUGAAGGAUGGCCGAUCUGAAAGGGUUUGUGUUAUCCUUUCUUUUUUAUCUUCUUGUACAAAGUGCUCCGUCUGUACAAGAUUCUCGUUUUUCGUGGCAUCGUUUCGGCCAAUCGUCAUAUCGGUUCUACGGAGAAGCACGAUCCUUUGAAGAUGCAAGAGCAAACUGCAUGAGCAAUGGCGGUGACCUGGCCAUAAUCAAAUCAGAGGAAAUUAAUAGUUUCCUGGCAGAAAUCAUAUCAACUUCGAACCCAUCAAGCGCUUGCUAUUUGUUUGGACUUAGACGAGAAAACGGUGGCAAUUUUGUAUGGCUAGAUGACACUCUGGAAAGAAGAACUGAGUCUUCAUGGGCUCCAUCAGAACCAAACGAUUCCCUUGGGAUAGAAGACUGCGCCUGCAUGUACACGCACCCUUCCGUUGAAUAUCAUGGGAAGUGGAAUGAUAUCCCGUGUCCGGGUCAAAGACCAUACAUCUGUGAGAGGCCACAGGAGCCAGACCUGACUUGUGACAAUGUGUCGAUGACGCUUAUUAUGGACAGAGCCCAUCUCGAGAUCGGCGACGACGCCCGCGAUGUCCAUUUCGAAGACGAGUCUUGUGUUGCAUACGACCACGACAGUCAGCAUGUUGCGAUCACUACCACGUACGACAGAUGUGGUACUACGCAAGAGCAAGACGAAGACUACAUAAUAUUUACCAACAUGGUGACGUAUUACAAGCCUCGCCCUGAAAAUGGAACUGAUGUCAUUACCAGAGAACACUAUCUUAAUAUCCCUGUUACUUGCUACCUGGAGAGGACGCAGGCCUUGGAAGAGUCCUUCUUGCCUCAAGCAAAUCUUUAUUUUUUUGAAGAGGAAGGGUACGGCAAGUUCUCGCUAAACCUUGACCGGUAUACAAACUCAGGCUUCUACCAACCUGCCAACGAUUCCGGCGAAGUUACGCUCGGCGCACCGCUUUACUUCAGCGUCGGUCUGACGUCCGUCACGAACCUCACGCUUCUCAUCGAGUCGUGCUGGGCAACGAGCUCGUCGAGCCCACGGGACGGCCACCGCUAUGAUAUCAUCGAGAAUGGAUGUGCCGUGGACAGCACAGCAGUCAUCUACAAUUGGCUCUCUCCAACUUCCAAGGGAUUCAGUAUCGCUGCUUUCGCCUUCAUUGGCGAUUUCGACAAGGUUUACGUUCACUGCUCAAUCCUGAUCUGUGACAAAAACGACUCGAGCUCCCGCUGCGCUCAGGGGUGCCUAGCCCGAUCUCGUCGAAGUCUGCAGCCGUCAGGCUCGGGAUCCAAACCCCACACCAUCACGAGCGGGCCGCUCUCCGAUGCCUCACGCUCUCAAAGGGCUAUGUUGCUUGAUAGCUUUGAAGAUGGACCCGAAUCUCAUGACCCCCUGAUGAUCGUUGCUGUGAGCGCCAUCUGUGUUCUCAUCGCUCUUACUGUCAUCAUGGCGCUGAUGAUGGUGCGCAUGCGUCGUCAUCGCCACGAGCUGAUUGGCUAUCGCAGAGUGGGCGUUACCGAGAAUAGCUAUUAACGCUUGAAGAGAGAGAGAGAGAAAAAAAAAUACAUCGAUCUGAUUGGAGUAAAAUUACAAAUACAUGUAUAAUUUUAAAGUGUCAAAGCUCCUCUUCGGCUCUUCGCACGGAAUCAAUUGUAAUAUGGAAAUGUUACCUCUGUAAUAUGGAUUCAAACAUCAAGAUAAAUACUACGAUUUUUUAUUAAUGCAGUCUCUUGGUGAAGGGUAUCUUAUUGGUGAUUAGAAAUUGGAGACGGUGUCAUGUGCUUUGAUUCAUAUUUUUUUUUGCCCAUAACACUUUCAUUUUUGUGUGAUAGUCAAACAGAUAUAAAGAAUAGUACCUUUAGGUGGAAGUAGGAAGCCUUUAAACAAAUGUAUAUACACCUGUAUAAAUAUGUCUUCUAUGCAAUCCCAUGUAUUUCUACACAGAUCUUCUCAAACUGUUUUCUUCUUUCAUUUAAUAUUGGUAAU